GGUUCCACGUUUGUUUUUAACCACAAUUAUCUAUCAAUAACAAGUUACUAUAAGUAAAUUAACAAUGGCCCUUUGUAGAAUAAUGAUUAAUCAAUGCAUUUUUAUUUAGAUUAAAGAAAAUCCAGACAUGAUUGCUAAGAUAUUUGACGGAUUUUCCAAUAUUAUAAACAAUUUUCGUUCACUCACAUCGACGGCCGGAAGUAAAAGAGAGCACAAAUGUUGGUGACGUACAACUCAGAAGAACACAACUUCCUGUUGAAAAUAAAGGCCUUCUUGUGAACUACUGACAAUGAUGCCACUUGCAGAUGCACACAUUGCAGGAGAGCAUCAAAUAGAUUACAAACAGAAGUACAAGACAUUAAAAAAGAAGCUAAAACUUCUUGUUUAUGAACAAGAAUGCUUUUUGGAAGAAUUAAGGAAAGCUCAAAGAAAAUUAUUAAAGGUCUCUCGAGACAAAAGUUUUCUCUUGGAUCGUUUGUUGCAGUAUGAAAAAGUGGAAGACUCUUCAGGUGAUUCUGAUGUGACAGCAUCAAGUGACAGUGAGGCAGAUGGACAUACGUCUGGAAAAAAAAGAAAACUGAGCCCUGGCCAGUCACAGUUACCAUUUGGAUCUGAAGCUUCAACCAUAUUUGGAAAUAUUGGCAUGGCUGGUUUGUUUCAAGCUGCAGGAACAAGUGCAGAGCCAACCAAAAAGCGCUCCAGACCAAGCACAAAAAAAUCAAGAGCAAAGUCAAAAGCAGAGAAAGCUGAAAGUCACAUGACGAGGGAGGAACUGGAAAGGCAUUUGGAAUCCAGACAACAUUCAUUCAAGAUUGAGAAAGCUCCGGCCAUGUUACCAAUGGAAAUAUUCAGCAAUGACAAUUCCAAUCCAGACAGUGAAACAGCCAAUGAUACGAACAAGGAGGAUUAUGAUUCUGACCUCAUUAUUGAUGCCAGCUGAGUGU